AUGGUGCUGGACCGGGAGGUGGUGGCCUUCGGCGGCCGCCUGUGGUGGCUGGACGCGACCUGCGGCGCCAUCUCCGCCGACCCCUUCAGCGACCGCCCGGAGCUCUGCUUCGUCGAGCUGCCGAGGGGCAGCGUGCUGCCGGCCGCCGCCCCACGGGACUGUCCCGAUUGCGGGGACCCCUGCGGCGGCUGCGGCACAUCGAAGCACCGGCGCCUGUGCGUCAGCCAAGGGCGGCUGCGGUACAUCGAGGUCUCUCAAGAAGAGCCAUUUGUGCUCAGCUGCUUCGUGCUCGACAACAAUGGCACCGGCUGGACGCUGGAGCACCGGCUCGACCUCAGCCGCUACGAGACUCACCGGUACGGCCACCCGUGGCUACCCUUAAAGGGGGAUAACACGCCACAAGUUGGGUUUCUUGACCCACUUACCGCCAAUGUUGUCUACAUGUCGGCCUGCAUCACCACUCUUGAGGGUACGCCACGAGUCGUCUUCGUCGUGGACAUGAAGAUAGACCUUCCGUUUCGGAGUUAUGCGUAUAGAUCGGGCGAACCCUGCUUCGUACCUUGUGUUCUUCCGCCGUGGCUUGGAUCGAGCCAGAUCCCUUCUGCAGGCAACAAAGGUGUUAAGAAGAACAAGAGUUUGGCAGAUGUUCUGGUUCGUGCAGACAAUCUGCAGAAGAGAUGA